GAGUCGUAUCGCGGCCAUCAAAAACCCGCGCCAUAUCACACGCGUGCUCGUAAAUUUGAUUUUAUGCCACUGACAGUUGGCGAGCCUGACGCCGAAAGUACGUUACGAGGCGUGCGAGAGUGAGACGUGAAAUUUUUCAUCUCCGUGUACCCGUAUAAAUACGCACGACAAUUAUGAGCGAGUCCCAGUCGAAGAAAACAAGGAUCAUGAGUUCGUUGAGUCAAUUGAAGGAGUUCACCACAGUGGUCGCCGACACUGGCGAUUUUCACGCUAUGGAGCAAUUUAAGCCUACAGAUGCAACGACAAAUCCGUCGUUGAUUCUUGCUGCUGCUAAUCAAAAGAAGUAUGCUCAUUUGAUCGAAAAGGCUGCUGAAUAUGGCAAAAAGUCUGGAUCUACUUUGGCUGAGCAAGUUGAAGCAGCCCUUGAUAUCACAUGUGUUCUGUUUGGCAAAGAAAUUUUAAAUAUAAUCCCUGGAAGAGUUUCUACAGAAGUGGACGCCAGGUUAUCAUUUAAUAAGGAAGCCAGCAUUGAGAAGGCAAAAAGAUUGAUCGCUCUGUAUGAGGGACUUGGAGUGAGCAAAGAACGCAUUUUGAUCAAGCUUGCGUCAACUUGGGAAGGCAUCCAAGCGGCAAAAGAAUUGGAGGAAAAAUAUGGGAUCCAUUGCAAUUUGACAUUAUUGUUCUCCUUUGCACAAGCUGUUGCUUGCGCAGAGGCUGGGGUCACUCUCAUUUCACCAUUUGUUGGUAGAAUUCUGGAUUGGCAUGUGACAAAUACAGAUAAAAAAACAUAUGAACCAAAGGAAGAUCCAGGUGUUAUUUCUGUAACAAAAAUUUACAAUUAUUAUAAGAAAUUUGGCUACAAGACAGUUGUGAUGGGUGCUUCGUUUAGAAACAUUGGUGAAAUUAAAGAGCUCGCAGGCUGUGAUUUUCUUACUAUAAGUCCCAAAUUAUUAGAAGAAUUAGAGGAGAGCAAUGACCCAGUUCGUAAAGUUCUGAAUGUGGAAUCGGCGAAAAAAUGCGAUCUUCAAAAGAUCAGCUUAGAUGAAGCUGAAUUUAGAUGGCUCCUGAACGAAGACCAAAUGGCAACUGACAAGUUGUGCGAAGGCAUUCGCAAAUUUGCCGUUGAUGUGCGAAAACUUGAAAAACUGCUGCAAGAAACGAUUCAGGGUUAAAACGAUUGACAGAAAAUGAUAUUUUUAACUGUGUACAACAAUGUAAUAAUUUACAAGGGCAUAAUCGAAUGUACAAACAUUCCUAUUGUUUAUAUUUAUAAAAUAAUUAGUUUAUGCACUUGAGUACAAAAAAAGUGGAAAAAAAGGAAUAUGGUAUUAAUAAAUAAGAUAUAUUUUUAGAAAUA